AACUAUGGAGGAGAGCAAUCAGGAAUGACAAGAAAUUCCUAGGAAGUAGUCAUGUUGGAAGGUUUGGUUGCCUGGGUCCUCAACAACUAUCUAGGCAAAUAUGUCAGUAACCUGAACACGGACCAACUCUCAGUAGCCCUUCUAAAAGGUGCUGUGGAAUUGGAAAAUUUACCAUUAAAGAAGGAUGCCUUGAAAGAAUUGCUGCCGUUUGAGGUCAAAGCUGGCUUCAUUGGCAAGGUUACGCUGCAGAUACCGUUUUAUCGCCCGCACGUGGACCCGUGGGUGAUAUCAGUGUCGAAAUUGCACCUGAUUGGAUCGCCGGAGAAGCAAGGGGAUUUUGACGAAGAAAGAGAGAGGCUGUUUGAAAGAGAAGCCAAGAAAGCGGUCUUAUUAGCACUGGAAGAGAAAUGGAAAAAAGAACGGGAGCAGGCGGCAGAAUCUUACUGGUAUUCAGUCACUGCCUCUGUCGUUACUAGCAUCAUAGAGAACAUCGAAUUAAAAAUCCAAGACGUCCAUUUAAGGUUUGAAGAUGACAUCACAAACCCGUCUCAGCCCCUUGCGUUUGGCAUCUGCAUAAAAAACGUCUCUGCACAGAAUGCUGUGAACGAGCCGGUGGAGCAGCUAAUGAGGAAGAAACAGCUGGAUAUAGCUGAUUUCAGUAUCUAUUGGGAUACUAAUUGCACUUUAAUGGGAGAUUUGCCACCAGGAGAACUGCAGGAAGCCAUGGAUAAGAGCAUGGAGAGCCGAGAGCACAAUUACAUCCUGGAGCCCGUGUGCACCUCGGCUCUCCUCAAGAGAAACUGUUCGAAGGAGCCCCUGAGGUCGCGACAUUCUCCGCGGCUCGAGUUCGACAUUCAAAUGGAGACGAUACCUCUGAAACUUUCGCAGGCCCAGUACCGGCAAAUAAUGGACUUCCUGAAAGAAUUGGAUCGAAAAGAGCGACAGCUUAAGUUUAGAAGAUGGAGGCCCAGGGUUGCGGUAACCGGAAACUGCCGCGAAUGGUGGCUUUUUGCUCUGAAUGCGAACAUCGCGGAGAUCAGAGAGCAGAGAGAACGCUCGUCCUGGGAAUUUGUGUUGCAUCGAGCCCAAGAUGCCGUCCUGUACACCGAUCUGUAUUACAAGAAGUUGAAAGACGUGCUGCUGUCUGCCGAGGAGCAGGAAGAGAUGGACCGGAUUGAAGACGAACAGACUUUUGAGGAGCUGAAAAUCUUGUGUGAGAUCGUUUACAAACAAUUCCAUGAGCUGGCUGAGAGCAUUAAGGAGCCCUUAUCGGAUACCAUGGGAGGAGUUUCUGAUCUUGAUCUGGAAGCCCCCACCACUUCCAGUAGCAGCAGCAGCAGCAGCAGUGGAAUGCUGCGGUACCUUCAGUCAUGGUUUCCUGGCUGGGGGGGCUGGUACAGCGACUCUCAGGAAGCGUUAGAAGCCGACACUCUCGAGGGACUGCUCUCAGAGACACCCGAACAAUGGAGACCUGAGGAUGUUGCAGGCGCAGAUGAAUUUUUCGACCUGAGCGCCGACGCCUCUGGCAUCAAGCACCCCUUCACGAAGCGGGACCACGUCUUCGCCAAGCUAAACCUCCAGCUGCAGGGCGGCUCCGUCACCUUGCUGCAUGCAGAGAGGCGGAGCCUGCGAGCCACGGAAAGAGCUUUCAUGCAGUUGGAAUUUUCAGGAGUGACAAUCCUAGCAGAAUCCCUUCCUCGCCGCAAUUCGUCCCUUUUCAAAGUUCAGCUUGGCAGCCUCUUCCUCCGAGAUUUAGCGACGGAAGGAUCCAUCUUCCCAGUCCUGGUCUUCCCAAAUCCUCAAAAAGAAGUUGGCUGCGUCUCUUCCAUUGGUCUCCAAGCGUCGUCUUCAGAUACGAGUAAUCAAAGCACUGCUGCCGACCCUGUCGUCCCAGUGUUCGAGAUGCUGUACGAGAGGAACCCGGCCCGCAGCAGUUUCGAGAGGCGCCUGGAAGUCAGCACCAGGCCUCUGAACAUUAUUUACAAUCCGCAGGCCAUUAAGAAAGUGGCCGAUUUCUUCUACAAGGGAAGAGUUCAUACCUCAGGUUUUGGAUAUCAGUCGGAGCUCGAGCUCAGGGUGGCCGAAGCUGCUAGGAGGCAAUAUAACAAGCUCAAAAUGCAAACCAAGGCGGAAAUCAGACAAACCAUUGACCGUUUGCUGGUGGGAGACUUCAUCGAAGACAGUAAACGUUGGACUGUGUGCCUUGAUAUAUCUGCCCCUCAAGUAAUCUUCCCCGAUGACUUUAAAUUUGCGGAUCCGGUUUUAGUGGUGAUUGACUUGGGAAGAAUGUUACUUACCAAUUCUCGAGAGGAGCAUAAAAAGAAGAGUCCAGAGGGGCCGUCACUGGAUCUAAGCGAACUGAGCGAUGAUGAAUACAUGACGCCUCUCGCCACUCCUCCCAGCACCCCGCCUCCAGAAGCCAGCAGUAGCAAAACUCCUGAGUUCGCCGGGGUCGAAAUCAGCGAAGAGCAGCUGCAUGCCCACCUGAUGAGUAAAAAAAUGUACGAGACCUACAGCUUGUCGUUCAUGGAUCUUCAGAUCAUGGUUGGGAGAGUGAAAGACAACUGGAAGCACGCUCAGGACAGUGAUGUCGGCCCGACGCACGUGGUGGAGAAAUUCAACGUUCACUUGCAGCUGGAGCGGAGGUUGAUAUAUACUUCGGAUCCCAAGUACCCUGGAGCAGUGUUGUCCGGGAAUUUACCGGAUUUGAAAAUACACAUCAACGAGGAUAAAAUAAUAGCCCUGAAUAACUGUUUAGGAAGGCUGAGCACAUCUGAAAACGAAACCUCCAGUUCUUUUCACUUAGGGAAAGAGACGAUUUUCACAGAUCCAGACCAGCGCGGAAGCUUGCAUAGUUCAGUCAUGAGUUUAACCCAGAGCGUCAUCACAGUGGAGCAGCAUACGAAGGAAGUCCUUGUCGAGUCUCAGCUGCUUUUGGCGGAGUUCAAGGUGAACUGCAUGCAGCUGGGUGUGGAGAGCAACGGCCGUUACAUCUCAGUCCUCAAGGUUUUCGGCACGAAUGCCCAUUUUGUGAAGAGGCCUUACGAUACAGAAGUCUCGCUCACUGUUCACGGAUUGCUCUUGGUCGACACCAUGCAGACGUAUGGCUCCGACUUUGACCUCCUUGUGGCUUCUCACAAGAAUCUCCGGUUCGACGCCCCGACGGGAAGCCUACGGGAUAGCAGGGCGCAGUCCCCUAUCGGAGGACCUUGCGAGGCCCAGCCAACAGAGAGAAACGGCUCGAUGGUAGCACAGCCUGCAGCACUAAGCGACUUACCCGGCACAUUUCCUCCACAUGAUGAAUCCUUAAUUAAAUUGGAGUACCAGUUUGUGAGUGCAGAAUGUCCGUCUAUGAACUUGGAUAGUACUCUGCAAGUGAUAUCUGUGCAGAUGAACAACUUGGAUAUCAUUCUUAACCCAGAGACCAUAGUUGAGCUGAUUGGCUUCCUCCAGAAAUCUUUCCCAAAGGAGGAGGACUCUAGCCCUCAGCCGUUAAUGGCCCACUUGGAAAGAAGCCUCAGUGACCAAGAAUCCUUCCAGUCGACCCACGCCCAAUGUACAGAAGUAGCGGUGGAUAUCCACUCAUUAAACAUUCUGCUCCUUCGGACUAUUACAAUGGUAAAUGGAGAAAAACUCGGCAGGAAGAUUGCAACAGCGAGCAUCGGGGGCACCAAAGUGAACGUCUCCAUGGGUAGCAGGGUGGAUGUCAAUGGGUCUCUGGGUUGUUUGCACCUUAUGGAUUUGACCCAGGAUAACAUUAAAAACCAGUAUGUUGUAAGCAUCGGGAACACUGUAAGGUAUGAAAAUUUCAUUUCUGACAUGGGUGACUUCAAGCCAGCGUUCCUUCAGUUAGAUGAUGCCAACAGCCUUCCGGACGCUUUGAGCUUCACAUUUGUCGAACGGUCGGAAGAGGAAUGUUCGCUUCACCUCCGGAUGGCGUCUUUGCAUUACAACCACUCGGCGAAGUUUCUGAAAGAGAUCACCUUAUCCAUGGACGAGCUCGAGGAGAACUUCUGCAGCAUGCUGAAGAGCGCGGCAACCAAGGUGACGACCGUCCUGGCCACUAAAACCGCCGAGUACUCCGAAAUGGUUUCUCUGUUUGAUAUGACCCCUCGACCGAAGGACUCCUUUUACUUUGAAAGUAGCGAAGGGGAGGAGCUCCUGCAGCCGCGCCUCAAAAGUGAAACCAUCAAGCUGGUUUUAAACAUCAACAUCGAGUCCCCAGUUGUAUCCAUACCCCGUAAGCUUGGCAGCCCCGAGUUGCUGGUGGGGCACCUCGGGCAAAUAUCCAUCCAGAAUUUUGUGGUGGGAGAAGACAAGUCAAUGAGCGACAGGCUUCAGGUGGAGAUCAGAGAUAUCAAGAUGUAUUCCUUAAACAGCAGUCACUUGGCAGGCAAGAAAGAAACUGCUUCUGAGAUGCCACGUGCAGUGCACCCUCCGGGGCCUGCCAGCAUCAGCAGCCAGGAAGAUUCUCAUUUCACUCGGCAUGAUUUCUUUGAGUCGUUGCAUAAAGGUCAUGCUUUUCAUAUUUUGAAUGAUGCUACGAUCCAGUUCAGAAUGGAGAAGAUUCCUGUCGAGAGGGAUGCGGAGCUGACCUUCUGUACAGCCGAGGAUGUCGAGACUUCAAACAUUAUGAGAAUCGAGGGGAAGUUUGUUAACCCUUUGCAGGUGGUAUUGGCAAAACAUGUAUAUGAACAAGUUUUGCAAACUCUCGACAACUUAGUUUGCAGCGAAGAUCUGACAAAGCCCUCGUCUGCCUUCCCAUCUACCACUGAUCCCUCUUCCGGUUCCCCUUCUGCCUCGCUCCGAAGCACGAGCUCCGACUUCUCCACGAAGGAAAAUGGACUUUUCAGCCAUUCCAGCUUUUCUGCUGCUUCCAGCAAAUUUACUCCUGCCAAGGAGGUGUCACAGUCUUUCACCCAGAUCCAGGCCAACUUCCAUAUUUCUGAGCUGCAGGUCCAGCUAAGCGGCGACCUCACGCUCGGAGCCCAGGGUCUGGUGAGCUUAAAAUUUCAGGAUUUUGAUGUUGAGUUCACUAAAGAUCACCCUCAGACCUUGUCCAUCCAGAUUGCCUUGCGGUCUCUGCUGAUGGAGGAUCUUCUGGAGAAGAACCCAGAUUCUUUGUACAAGAACCUCAUGGUGUCCCGUGGAGCUCCCAAACCGUCCAGCUUAGCUCACAAAGAGUACCUUUCCCAGUCUUGCCCCUCCGUUUCUAAUGUGGAGUAUCCGGAAAUGCCCCGUUCCCUCCCUUCACACAUGGAGGAAGCCCCCAACGUCUUUCAGUUGUACCAAAGGCCUAGUUGCGUGUCCCACAAGAAACGCAAGGACAACGUGGAUUCGGGCUGCCCCUUAACUCCCCCUCCUUCCCCAACGGGAAACAAGCCGAGCGCCCCUUGCGGAAAGAGCGACUUCGACGAUUCCUUGGUUCACAUCAAUAUGUUGUUGGUGGACAAAAAGCACCCGGCGUUCGUGUCUUGUUACGGCAAAAUCAACCGCAGCAUUGACGUUGACUUCAACUGUUUAGACGUCUUGAUAACUUUGCAGACCUGGGUGGUGAUUCUGGAUUUUUUUGGGAUCGGAUCCACCGCCGAGAACCACAGCAUGAAGCUGCAGCCGGGAGACGUCCAGCAGGCGGCGAAGUCAGAAGUGAACGUCUUGUCCGAUUUGGAAUUUCAAGACUCUGUGAACACCAAAGUGGACCUGAAGGUCCAUUCCCUGUCCUUGGUUCUGAAUAAGGCGACCACUGAGCUUGCUAAGGCGAGCAUCUCCAAGCUUGCCACCCACGUGGAAAUGAUUGAAGGUGACCUGGCCCUUCAGGGGAGCAUCGGGAGCUUAUCUCUAAGCGACCUCACCUCGCACGGGGAACUUUACCGAGAACGCUUCACUACCAGCGGCGAAGAGGCGCUCAUCUUUCAGAUCCACAAGUACAGCCAGCCCGAUCCCCUGCUGCAGAGAGACGAUGACAUGCGUGUGAGCCUGCGGAUGGCCUCGGUGCAGUACGUCCACACCCAGCGCUUCCAAGCGGAGGUGGUGUCUUUCAUCCAGCAUUUCACUCAGCUCCAGGACGUAUUGGGGCGCCAGAGAGCCGCGAUCGAAGGGCAGACGGUAAGAGACCAAGCCCAGCGGGCCUCCCGAGUGCUGCUGGACAUCGAAGCGGGGGCCCCUGUCCUCCUGAUCCCUGAAAGCUCCAAGUCCAACCACCUGAUCGUGGCCAAUCUUGGCAAGCUGAAAGUCAAAAACCGGUUCCUCUUUGCCGGCACCCCGGGCACCUUCUCCCUGAAAGAUAAGCAGUCCGUUUUGUCUUCAUCCCCGGGAACCCCAAAACACGGCUUGAAGAAAAUGUCGAGCGCGGACGAAUCCAAGGCGGCACCGAGUCCCUCUGAUGGGCUGUUCAUGAAACCGUCAUCUUCGGGACCCAAUUUGAGACUGAAAAGCGACCCUGCAGCGAGUGUUUCAACUAAGCCUCCGAAGCCACCCUCUUUGCUGACACCAGACAGUCCAGAGGAACAUGUCUGCCUGUUAGACUGCAUUGUGGUUGAUCUGCAGGAUAUGGAUAUUUUUGCGGCCGAGCGGUUCCCCAGAGAAUAUUCAAAGGCCCCGGAGGAAAGCAGUGCGGACAUGACCUUCCCUUCCUACGUGGUCAGGCAGGCAGGGAGAAGCCUCUUGGCCGAACCUUUCCGACUGAAGCUGCAAGUGGAAAGAAACUUGGACAAGGAGAUAAGCCACUCAGUUCCUGAUAUCUCCAUUCACGGCAACCUGUCAUCAGUGCAUUGUUCUCUGGAUCUCAGUAAAUAUAAGCUGAUCCGAGGACUCCUCGAGAAUAAUCUGGGGGAACCGAUAGAGGAGUUCAUGCGGCCGUAUGACUUGCAAGACCCAAGAAUACAUACCGUGUUGAGUGGAGAAGUGUACACCUGCGUGUCGUUCCUGAUCGACAUGGUCAACGUCAGUCUGGAACUGACGAACCCCCAAGGGCAUGACGGUUCGCUAGCCAGGUUUGACUUCAAGAAGUCCAAAUUGCUCUUCGAGAGUUUUUCGAAUCAAACCAAAUCCACAAACCUGGUCUCGCACUCCAUGAUGGCGUUUGAUACGCGGUACGCCAGGCAGAGGGCGUCUUUGGGAAUGCCGAACGUCUUCAACUGCAUCUUCCAGUCAUCCAAGAACACCAGCACCCAAGGAGCAAUACAGAUUGAGCUUCAUUACAGAUCCACCAAGGAUUCCUCCUGCUUCACAGUUGUCCUGAACAACCUUCGUGUGUUCCUGAUCUUCGACUGGCUCACGCUCGUUCACGACUUCAUCCGGACGCCCAGCGACGCCAAGAAGCCGUCCCAUUUCACUCCUUCCAGACAGCGCAACUACAGCAGCGAAAUGGCGGUCGUUCCCAAAGCGGUGAAGUGCGGGAUUGUGACCAAGCGUUCUUCUCUCCAGAUCUCUGCUGAGAAACAGUUGGAAGUCAAGAUCAAUGUGACAGGUACUGAAUUUGUGGUGGUUGAAGACAUGUCCUCUCUGGAUACCAGCGCCAUUAUUCUGAAGGGGACCACGGUUCUCACUUACAAGCCAAAAUUGGUGGAUCGGCCUUUCUCGGGCAGUUUGUUUGGCAUUGAGGUUUUUUCGUGCCGGCUGGGGAACGAACAGGAAACGGCCCUCUCGAUCAUCGAUCCCGUACAAAUUCAGGUUGAUCUCGUGGGCAAUUCUUCAUAUCCCAGUGGGUCCGGAUUGUUGGAUGCUUUCAACAGUGAAGACUUCCCGCCUGUUUUAGAGAUCCACUUGCAAGCUCUGGACAUCCGAUUGUCUUACAACGACGUGCAGCUGUUUCUGGCCAUCGCCAAGUCCAUCCCCGGCCAGACUGGCAGCCCUACCCCCGACAAUUCUGCCCCGGACGGCCGAGCGUCUGUUUCUGCUGCUCCCGCUUCGGUGAAAGAGGUCUCGCUGCUAGCCUUGGAAACCACAGAGGUGGCUAAACACAUUCUGGAUCCUGUCCUUGAGGUACAGCUGGCCCGAUUGCAGGAACUGGGGUUUAGCGUUGAGGACUGUCGCAGAGCUCUCUUGGUGUGCCAAGGUCAGCUGAAAAAAGCAGCAAGCUGGCUGUUCAAGAACGCCGAACCGCUGAAGUGCGCGCCUUCGGACUCGAGUCAGCGAGAGGGCCAGGGCCCCGCAGCCCUGCGCUCGAUUUCCGGAGUGGAAAUUAAAGCUGAGAACAUCUGUAUUUGCUUCAUAGACGACUGCAUGGAUCGCGACGUUCCCUUAGCUGAGUUUACCUUUUCGCGUCUGAAUUUUCUCCAGCGUCUGAGAGCCAGCCCGGAAGGCUACGCUCAUUUUACACUCUUCGGAGAUUAUUAUAACCGUGAGCUCUCUGGCUGGGAACCGUUCAUUGAGCCUUGGUCGUGCUCCCUAACCUGGCAGCAGCAGGCAGCCAGUCGCCUCCACCCUUCUCGGUUGAAGCUGGAGGUGAAGACGAAGCAUCGCUUGGAUGUCAACAUCACCUCUGUGUUAAUUGAGCAGUAUGCUAGUACCAAACGGUCGUGGAUGGCGGAUUACUGCAAACAGGAGAAAGAGGUGGAGGCCGUGGAAUCCGAAGAAUGGAUGGGCUCUUCGGUUGAUCCUCCAUCGCUUGGGCAGGGCCUUCCUCUUGUCUACCUUAGAACUAGGAGCACAGCCAGUCUGACUAACCUAGAGCACCAGAUGUAUGCUAGAGCUGAAAUGAAGGCUCCAAAGCGGCGACACCCUUUCGUGCCGUUCGCCCUGCGGAAUCACACCGGCUGCACGCUCUGGUUUGCCACAUUGACCACCACCCCGACCCGGGCCGCGCUGUCCCACAGCGGAAGCCCUGGUGUCCUUCCAGAGGAGAACGGCACGUUUCUUGACGAUGCACACAGAGUCAGCGAGUGGCGGGAAGUCCUGACAGGCGAAGAGGUUCCGUUUGAGUUUGAAGCCAGGGGGAAACUGCGGCACAGGCACACGCACGACCUAAGGAUUCACCAGCUGCAGGUGCGAGUAAACGGCUGGGAGCAAGUCAGCCCGGUAUCGGUGGACAAAGUGGGGAUUUUUUUCCGAUACGCGGCCCCCGACAAGAGCACGUCUUCAUCUACCGUUGGCAGCCCAAUUAGCAGAACAAACAUCAUCCAUCCGCAUGUUUAUUUUUCUUCGUUGCCUCCGGUGCGAGUGGUCUUCGCCGUCACCAUGGAGGGCAGCGCCCGGAAGGUGAUCACGGUGCGCUCGGCCUUGAUGGUGAGAAACAAGCUGGAGAUUCCUAUGGAGCUGAGGCUCGACAGCCCUUCUGCUCCAGACAAGCCCGUUGUUCUGCCUUCGGUCAUGCCAGGGGAUUCCUUCGCCAUUCCUCUGCACCUCACCUCCUGGCGCCUGCAGGCCAGGCCAAAGGGAAUGGGCGUCUUCUUCUGCAAGUCCCCAAUCCACUGGACGAACGUCCAGAAGGCCUCGGAGGUCAGCAGCAGCAAGCGGGAGUGCCACGCGAUGGAGUCUGAAAACAGUCGGUUCUUCAGGUUCUGCGUCGCCAUCAAGAAGGAGAACUACCCCGAUUACAUGCCCUCCAACAUAUUUUCCGACAGUGCCAAGCAGAUUUUCAGGCAGCCCGGGCACACCAUUUACCUUUUGCCCACGGUGGUGCUGUGUAACCUGCUCCCGUUUGAGCUGGAGUUUUACGUGAAAGGGGUGCCCAUCAGCGGGACGCUCAAGCCGGGCAAAGAGGUGGCGUUGCACACGGCUGACACUUCGCAGAACAUUGAGCUGGGAGUGUCCUUAGAAAACUUUCCACAUUGCAAAGAGCUCUUGAUACCCCCCGGAACACAAAACUAUAUUGUACGGAUGCGGCUGUACGAUGUCAACAAGCGGCUGUUGAAUCUCACCAUCCGGAUUGUGUGCCGAGCUGAAGGGUCCUUGAAGAUAUUCAUUGCUGCCCCAUAUUGGCUUAUCAACAAAACAGGAUUGCCCCUGAUCUUCAGGCAGGACAACGCCAAGAUCGACACAGCUGGCCAGUUUGAAGAACAUGAACUAGCCCGAAGUUUGAGCCCUCUCUUGUUCUGUUAUGCUGACAAGGAGCAACCAAACCUUUGUACCAUGAGAGUUGGCAGGGGAAUCCACCCCGAUGGCAUGCCGGGCUGGUGCCAGGGCUUCUCGCUGGAUGGAGGAAGCGGCGUCAGAGCCCUGAAAGUGAUCCAGCAAGGAAACCGACCAGGCCUUAUUUACAAUAUUGGGAUUGAUGUGAAGAAGGGCAGAGGCCGCUACAUCGACACAUGCAUGGUAACCUUUGCCCCUCGCUACCUGUUGGAUAACAGAUCCAAGCACAAGCUUGCCUUUGCACAGCGGGCGUUUGCCAGGGGACAGGGCUCUUCCAAUCCCGACGGCUACAUCUCCACUCUCCCCGGCUCGAGCGUUGUCUUCCACUGGCCGCGCAACGAUUACGACCAACUGCUGUGCGUUCGGCUAAUGGAUGUCCCCAACUGCAUCUGGUCCGGAGGCUUUGAAGUCAACAAAAAUAAUUCUUUCCACGUCAAUAUGAGGGACACCCUUGGGAAAUGCUACUUUUUACGAGCAGAGAUCACUCUCAAGGGAGCCACGUACCGCGUCUCAUUCAGCGACACCGAUCAGCUGCCACCGCCAUUCCGCAUAGACAAUUUUUCUAAGGUCCCCAUCGUGUUUACGCAGCUCGGCGUGGCCGAACCGCGGCUCAGCACGGAAGUCAAGCCAACGACCUCUUUGGACUACGCCUGGGACGAGCCCACCCUGCCGCCCUGCGUCACACUGACCGUGAAAGGAGCCGGCUCCUCCGAAAUCACAUGCAGCAUGGACGACUUCCAGGACAGCAAGCAGCUAUAUUACGAAAACUUCAUCUACAUUGCUGCGGCGUACACUUUCUCUGGCCUGCAGGAAGAAAGCGGGAGGCCAGUCGCUUCAAACAAAGAGGUGGAUUGUGCUGAGCUUGUCCUUGACGUCUCUCCCAAGACGCAGAGAGUCAUUUUAAAGAAAAAGGAGCCGGGUAAGCGCUCUCAGCUGUGGCGGAUGACCGGCACCGGCAUGCUUUGCCACGAAGGCUCUGCUGUCCCUCACCAUCCAAACAAGCCCUCCCCUCCUCGGUCCACAGAGUCCUCCAUGAUCUUGGACAUCGCCGGCCUGGCAGCCGUCACCGACAACAGAUACGAGCCGCUGAUGCUGAGAAAGCCGGACAGGCGGCGGAGUACGACGCAGACAUGGAGUUUUCGUGACGGAAAGCUGGUCUGUGGCAUGCAUGGGCUUGUCGUACAGGCUAAAGGAGGCCGAUCUGGGCUUCGCGACGGGGCAGAAGUCGUUCUCGGGCCAGACACUUCUCUGGAAAUGUUAAGCUCGGUUCCACUGGAGCAGCAGUUCAUCAAUCAGAAGAUGAGACCCGGCUCCGGCAUCCUUGUAGCCAGGGUCAUUCCAGAUGGGCCGACCCGAGUUUUACAGAUAACAGACUUCAACCAACGCAGGAACGAUCGCUUCUCGUACGAGGGGGAUGAGCUGCUGGUGCUGGAGCAAGACCUGUGGAAGCUGAAGAAUCCAGACUCGGAGCAAGAACUGGAAGUUCAGCUGAAAUUGGAAGGCGGCGUUGGUUUGUCUUUAGUGAAUAAAACCCCGGAAGAGCUGGUAUUCGCCAGUUUCACCGGCAUCAGUGUCCAUUUCACGCAGCUGUCCUCCAGCCAAGUGCUUGAACUAAGCAUACAGGAUGUGCAGGUGGACAAUCAGCUCAUCGGGACCACUCAACCUUUCAUGCUGUUUCUGACCCCCAAAAGCAGCGAAAAUGAAGCCGCUGAGACGGGCCCCGCCGUGCAAUUGAAUGCCAUGAAAUUUCCCAGUAAUAGCCCUUUAACUGAUAUAUACAAGCACCUAAUGAUCACGGCUCGAAGGUUUACAGUCCAAAUCGAGGAGAAACUGCUACUUAAGCUUCUAAGUUUCUUUGGCUACGAUCAGGCCGAAUCAGAGGUUGAAAAUUAUGACGAGAACCUUCAUGAAAAGCCUGUUGAUCAAGGAGCCCAGAAACGAUACUAUUUUGAAAACCUCAAGAUUAGCGUUCCGCAGAUAAAGCUGAGCGUCUUCACUUCCAGCAAGCUUCCCUUGGACCUCAAGGCCCUGAAGAGCACCCUGGGCUUUCCCCUGAUCCGAUUUGAAGACGCCGUGAUCAACCUGGAUCCCUUCACCAGGGUCCACCCUUACGAGACGAAAGAGUUUAUCAUUAAUGACAUUUUGAAGCACUUUCAAGAAGAACUGCUCAGCCAAGCGGCAAGAAUCCUGGGCUCUGUGGAUUUCCUCGGCAACCCAAUGGGCCUCCUGAACGACGUGUCGGAAGGCGUCACCGGGCUGAUAAAGUACGGAAACGUUGGUGGCCUUAUCAGGAACGUCACACAUGGAGUAUCAAACUCUGCUGCAAAGUUUGCUGGGACUUUAUCAGACGGUUUGGGGAAGACGAUGGACAGUCGGCACCAGACGGAGCGGGAGUACAUCCGAUACCACGCUGCCACGAGCGGUGAACACCUCGUGGCUGGUAUCCAAGGACUAGCUCAUGGUAUAAUCGGCGGAUUGACCAGCGUGAUCACCUCAACAGUAGAAGGCGUGAAAACCGAAGGGGGCGUCAGCGGCUUCAUAUCUGGCUUCGGAAAAGGAUUAGUUGGGACCGUAACCAAACCAGUGGCAGGCGCUCUGGAUUUUGCUUCCGAAACUGCUCAAGCAGUGAGAGAUACAGCCACUCUGACUGGCCCCAGGACGCAGGCCGAGAGAGUGAGAAAGCCGCGCUGCUGCAGGGGGCCGCAGGGACUCCUGCCCCGCUAUUCCGAGAGCCAGGCCGAAGGGCAGGAGCAGCUUUUCAAGCUGACGGAUAACAUUCAGGACGAGUUCUUCAUCGCGGUGGAGAACAUCGACAGCUACUGCGUGAUCAUUUCCUCCAAAGCUGUUUAUUUCCUCAAGAGCGGGGAUUACGUGGACCGAGAAGCCAUUUUCCUGGAAGUCAAGUAUGGCGACCUCUACCAUUGCCUUAUCUCGAAGGACCACGGGAAGGUCUACGUCCAGUUGACCAAGAGAGCGGUCAAUUCAAGUAGUGGUGUGUCCAUGCCUGGUUUGUCCCAUCAGAAGCCCAUGGUCCAUGUGAAGUCUGAGGCCCUCGCGGUGAAGCUGUCUCAAGAAAUCAACUAUGCAAAGAGCCUUUUCUACGAACAGCAGCUCAUGCUAAGAUCUAUCGAGCAUCACGAACAACUGGAGUUGGACUCGUGACCCCCGCGGA